AUGGAACAGCAGCACACUAGUGAAUCGCCCGUGAGCAGUGGUGAGUCGACGGCGAAGAGUGUCACGUCAAAGCAACCCGUUGCCAGCAUCGCUCGAGGCAAAAAGGACACUAGCAAUCCGCAGAAGAACCGUCCAGCAGUGAACACAGCCAUCAGCAGCCCGGACAGCGCUGGUGACACAUCUCCGUCUCAGCCCGACCCGGACACAGCAGCGGUGACACCGACGGUGGCCACGCUGGGACCGAAAUCAGACGACAAUCUAAGCAUCAAAUCUUCCGACUCCGUCACCACCAGUGGAGAGUACGAAAUCGUCCCGGAAGCACCGCUGGACGCGCUGCUCGACGGAACCGACGAAUCCGAUCGCGGACCAACCAGCGGAAGGUCGAAGAACGGAGCGCCGCCAGAUCCUGUCCGAAGUGCGGCCGACGGAGAGAGCCAGAUUGCGGAUCUUGCCGAGUGCAUUGCCGAGGACAAGGUGGAAGACGGAGCGGGUUUGACAGUGACCGCAGACACACCGCACUCACCAUUUCCUGGCCAUCUGCGGAGCCAUGCUGGAGCGGCUAAAACCGCCAUUUCACCGAUACUGAACAUCGAGGGCAACGGAAACAUGAUGGACCUGGAGAAGAACAUGAACGAAGUGAUACACGAGCUGGACGAGGAACGGACACUGAGCGGGGCCACCGAUCCGAGCUCAUCGGACAAAGCCACUCCGGUACGAAGUCCCGCCAAGGGCGCUGACCGCCCUCCGGAACGUGCGUCGAAUAGACCGAAAGUUCCGACCUCGCUUCGCCUGAGCCUGCAAAGCAUGCGCGCAAAUGCCACCACUUCCGGUUCGGCCGAAACGACUCCGAACGCUGGCCCCAGCCUUCUGUCGCCGGAUCUGGUCGCCCGUGGUGUCGGACAGUCCGUGUUCUACGAUUGUCUCGACAGCAGUCCGCUGACGGAGAAAAAGGACGACAUGAAACCGGACACCGGUGGUGGUGGUGAUGGGGGUAGCGAAACCGACGAGGAACUGUCCGACAUCGAUCAGGACUGUACCAUCUUCAGCGGUGUUACGUACCUCGGUGCGUCCCGCAUCAACGCGCCAAAGUCGGAGCGAGAAAUCCUGCAGAAGGUAUCGGAAAUGAAUGCGGGCGGCGGAAUGGUACCUUCCGGUGGGGCACCGCCUGCCAUCGGUGGCCAUGACAGCAGCCCUCUGGGGCUUAAGGUAUCGGUGAGCGUUCCAACCUGCUCCGAAGGGCUCGUGGUGCUGUACGAUUGCGAAUCGAACGCGGUGGUGGCAACGUAUGAGGUGCAGCGGAUAUUGUUCUUUGCUCGCGGCCCGGUCGGAACGAGUGACCAGGCGUGCUUCGCCUUCACCUGGUCCCACGGCGAAUCGCAGGAAACGGCCGUCCACCAGUGCCAUGUGUUUCGGUGCAAUAUCCCGGAAGCGGUCACGCAAGUUAGCACUUGCUUCGCCAAAGCCUUCCAGCGCUUCUUGCCACCGAGCGUGCCGGCGAGCAUGACCACCUCGCUGGCCGACAGCGGCCUGAACGUGAUGUUGGCAUCGGUAACGUCCGACACCGCCGGCAAUCCGAUUCAGUCGGCCAUGUACGAGUUUGCGGUUUCGCUCGAGAUCAAAGAGAAGGAACGCAACGGGUACGUCACCGUACCACGGGAUGUUCGGUCCAGUUUCCGGCUGCGGUGCAAAACUGACAAGGAAGUGUGCAUCACCGUGCGCCAGGUGCCAUCGGAGCAGUUCCCUCCGCUGCUGAUCGAACGUUGUUUCGGUGUCCUGUUGAGCCCGGGGAAGAUCGUACGUCAAGCGGACAUGCAGCUGCUGGAUAUGGUCAGCAUGGGUUACGUGAAACCAGUCGACACAGCGGGUGGCGCCACUUCAACAGGACCGGGAACUGCCAGUGGCAACGGAAGCUCCUCCACCACAGUAGCAGCCUCAACAUCGGUGGCCACAAAUUUCUCACAGUUUCCCUACCAAAUAAAGGCCGAGUGGAAAGCGCACGCAUUCGAGCCCCUCAACACCGAGACACCCAAGAAAGCACUCACCGUGGCCGUCGACCUGGUCAUCAAGGGUAUCCAGGAGCCGGUGCGGUUCGUAGUCGAAACGUCCGUUUCAAUCCUCUCCCAGAGCGAGCUGCGCAUCGUGCAGAAUCUGUUCACCAACAAACGUCCGCUGCUGUUGCAUUUCUACCUGACGCUGCGCGAAAACGGCGAAGGCACCUGGGAGGUGGAUUCGAUUGAUCACUCGGACGAAAUCGUCGAACCCACGGCCGCCCCAUCGUCGGUUGCGUCGUCUUCGCUUUCGCUUAACUUUAACUUUCGCAAUUGGACGUUCAAAAAUUCGGCCAGCGUACAGUCGAUGCAGGAGCUGCAAGAUGAUUCCAGCCCUACCGACUACAGCUCGGACGGGGACGAACCGUUGCUCAGUGGAACUGGCGAAGUGUCGAAGAACUGUUCGGUCGCUCAGCUAGACGAGUGGCAGGGUAUCAUCCUCGAGUGGUACCAGGACGUACCGGAGAAGCACCCGAAAGCCCUGGCGGCACUGGUUCGAUCCGGUAUCCCCGAGGCACUCCGCGGUACGGUUUGGCAGCGUUUGGCGUGUGUCGAGAACCGGACCGAGAUGUUCGACUCAUACCGGGUGCUCAUCACGAAGGAGACAAACUGCGAAACGGUCAUCCAGCGUGACAUCAACCGGACGUUCCCGGCGCACAAAUUCUUCAAGGAAAACGGCGGCACCGGACAGGAAAAUCUCUACAAAGUGUCGAAAGCGUACGCCGUGUACGAUACGGAGGUUGGCUACUGCCAGGGCUUAAGUUUCAUUGCGGCCAGCUUGUUGUUGCACAUGCCGGAAGAGGAAGCCUUCUGCGUGUUGGUGGCACUGAUGUACAAUUACGGUCUGCGCGAUAUGUACAAGAUGGGUUUCGAGUCGCUCUAUCUGCGGCUUUAUCAGUUGAACCGCCUGAUGAAGGACCAGCUGCCCGAUCUGUACGAACACUUUGCACAGACCGGCGUUGAGUCGCACAUGUUCGCAAGCCAGUGGUUCCUGACGCUGUUCACCGCACGCUUUCCGCUCUACUUUGUGUUCUACAUCCUCGAUGUGUUUCUGCUGGACGGCAUACCGGUUCUGUUCCAGGUAGCCCUAACGCUGCUGGCCGUUUGCCGGAAGGAUUUGCUUGAGCUCGAUUUUGAGGGUAUUUUAAAGUACUUCCGCGUGACGCUCCCGAAACGGUGCCGCAGCGAGACGCAGGCGAAGCGCCUGAUGAAGCUCUCGUUCGAGUGCAAAGUGAAGAAGCUGCGCAAGUACGAGCUGGAGUAUUUGGCGAAAAGGGAGGAAACGGAACGCAAGGAGCAAGAGGCCAAGCAGUACGAGCAGCGGUAUGGUGAGGAGCGUGCAAAGCUGCAGCAAGAAAUCGGUGGGUUAAACGAAAAGCUGGAGGCGAUGGUGCGGGAAGAGCGCAAGAGUGCGGGCAUCAUACAGGACUACAAGCGCAUCAUCCAGCGGCAGGAAGCGGAAAAUGGCAAGCUGCACACCAUGCUCGACGACUUGACGAAAACGGUGUCCACGUGUAGCAAGUGCUCGUCCAGCAUACCACAAUCCUCGCCACUGCACGCCAAUUAUGGCCGAAACUUGCAGCAAGCAAACAGCGUCAACAACAACAAUCACGAUCCGACGCAGCAUCCGGACGAUCAGCCUGAUGGGCAACAGCCGAACGCUUCCACCGCGAUCGGUGGCCUCGGUCCGUUAGAUCCGCUGCUGAUAGCGACACAGCGAAUACGCGAACUCGAACUCGAGCUGGCCCAAACGAAGCUUGCGCAAGUGGAGGCGGAAUGUAAAAAUCAGGAUCUUCACCAUCAGCUGAACACAACUGUGACGGAACUGCAGGCUACACGCAGCAGCUGGCAGCCGUGGCUCUCGAAAACGCUCAACUCGAUACAGGAGAAGGUGGCCACUACCAAGCGAGAAGCGCAACAUGGCGCAUCGUUCCAGUCUUACACGAAUGCUGAACCUUCCAGCAUAAAAAAUCUUCAUUCCUCCCAAACGACAGCUAGCGCCGCGCAUCUACCGCCACGCCAGAAGGCCCCGUUGGUACAGCGCCACAGUCUCGCGUUUCCCGCGUCCGGCACAGCGACCAUGGCCGCCGAAGACGAUGAGGUGACACGAAGGGCCAAGUAUGAUAGCAGCGUCAACGUACUGUACAAGGAUACGCGGUGCAAUAGCUUGAAGUAGGAUCGACUCAAAGGCGAUCACGAAAGAGUCUAGGUACUCGAGUCACUCCCGCGUCAUGGGGGCGAGCGCGCGCGCGUUUGGGAAACGCAAGCCACAGAUUUUAGUCCAAUCCAAGCCAAGCAUGAGCUUUAGCCUGUAAGAAGUGUACCGAAGGCACGGGAAGAAUGUUCUUGUUGUUUAGAAUGAGUAGUUGAAGGCAAAGCGGCAGAGACACAGAAAGAGGUAGUAGUGUAGUGGGGUCUCCAAUCUACGAAAACCACAUUUUUCCUUCUUAACAAUAGAGGAGUUUUCAUCUCAAUGCAUUUGCAGUUCACGUUGCGCACUGUUUUAGUUCGAAACAAUCGAAGAAUCUGUUUUGUAUUCUCAUUCAACGCCUCAUUUAAAUGCCCUGGGAAAAAUUUAUAUCAAACCAAAAAUCGCGAAUUGCAACGAAAAAGCUUUUAGGGCGUAUAUUUGAAGGGGUUCAAGUACGCAGCUUCCUGCAAAAGUCUAGAUGUUGAUUUCAAAUCACCAUUUCGAACAGGCCAACAGUUUGUUUAUUUACCAAUCUCAUAGACAACAGCGCCACGGAUGUCGAUACUUCGCGUAAGAUUGAAUUGUUAUGGUAAAAAGUAACCAACGAAAUGCACAGGAACACGCGUUGAAAUUAAUAACCCUCUCAUGGAAGUACUUUCAUUAACAUGUGAUUAUUUUAAAUUCUUUUUUAAACUUCCCAAAGUUCAAGAAUCUGUUAGAGAGACAUUCCUCGUGAUAGAUGCGCAGAUGAAUUAUUGUUCUGAAUUUUACAAAUUCAAUCUAUUACCAAUGUAAGUGUUUCGUUCGUCCCUCUUCGCUAGGCUAUAUACAGCCUUGUGGUGGUUGUAUGAUUUUUCUGCACUGAAUUAAAAUUCUUAGUACAUAAACAGUUUGUUGAUGUUAGCAAAGCGGUGGCAAGCAUUUGCUUAGAAAAGAUCACAUCAUUUUUGCUAAAUAAUUUAAGUGUUUUUCUCUCUAUAGGAAGCAAACAUGGCAGCACAUUUCAUCGCAUAUUUCGUUCACUCGUUGAAUUGCAUUACAUUUUAGAACUGUUUGAAGAGACUUGAAGCGUGGCACACGUUCUAUUGGUUCUAUUCACCAGUGUAUGCAAGAUGUGUCUGUAUCUCAGCCCUUCGAAACAACAUCGCUCAGCUAGCGCCAUACGAUAUCGUGUAGGACUCUGUUCAAAGGGAAACAUGUUUUGUUUUUUAGUUUAUCGGUAGCCAAGCGUUUAAGAUUAGUGACUCUACACGUGCGUAGCAGUAGAACCACAAGGUGGUGCUUUGUUUCCUUUACCCGCUUUGUAGUACGCCGCCCCACGCCUGGACCCCAGCGGUCAGUUUAAAACCUCAAAAUCGCAAAUCGCUCUCGUGGCACAGUGGCAUUGUAGUCAUUGCACAAUUCCACCAUCGGUCAGUGUUUGCUUUUUUAGGGAUCCACACCAAACAAAUACUCUUUCCGCGAACGAGCUGCCAGUGAAAGUAUCUAAAAUAGCGCAACGGUUUCCUUUCUCCCUUCUGUAAUCGAUCGUCUCUUUAGCUUUUCGCCCAAAGAGCGUAGCAAAUGGUGCUGGAAAGUUAUCGUGAAAUAUGAAUUCCGAGUAAAACCCGAUAGCCAACGUGGAACGCAAGAGGAGCGAAACAAAAUCGAAAAUUAAUGAUUCAAAGUAUAUACACGUACCAUUCACCG